AUGGACUGGGAACGCAGUAGAAGGUUCGAAGAUCAUCGUGGUAGGGAGAGCUAUCGACCGCCAGCUCCUCGAGGCUACAGUCGUCACACAUCCCCAACACGAACUCGUUCACCUCGGCUUGUCGCUGAUACAUGGGUGCCCUCCUCUAGUCGACACUACGGUCGUUUAAGAAGCCGUUCACCAUUGCCUUUUAGACGUCAUUCUCGAAGUCCCCCUUACCGGCACAGAGACUCUGAUCCUGGACUAUUUGCAAACAGUGCUCCAAGGAGAUUCUCGCCUAGACGAGAUGCACACCUCCGAUCGCCUCAAAUUGGGUGGCGACCGCGUUCACCGUAUGAUGACCGUCCUCGUGAUAGCUCUCGCGGUCGAUCUACCCCUAGACGGCGAGACCAAAGCCCUCCUAGGCAAAACUUUACAUACCCGAAACGAGAGCGCUACCCACCGACUGUCGAUCGCUACAAAAAAUCUGCGUCUCCUCUGAGGCGGGGUCCAGGUCGUGCCAGUGAUAUCACUCCCCUGACGACAAGUCAUCGUCGACGGAGUUCUUCACAGGAUUUCCGGGAUCGUCGUCCAGAUAACAAUACAAGCCAGGCGCGGCCUUCGCCUUCGACUAGGGCUGCUUCAACUAUCCACAAUUCAACCUCUAGCUCUCGUUCGGACUCAAGGCGUUCAUCCCCUGUAAAUGACAGGACCAGGACGACGGUGCGCGAAUCGAGAAGCGGGUCACCAGUCACUCGAGACUUUCCGCAGCGCCGCCUGUCCGUAUCUUCUGGUCAUUCCUCAUCUCGCCAAGCUGAAACAAUCUCAAAUGAACACAAAAGUCAAGAAGAUGCAACAGAUAUGCCACCAACUUCGGUGCAAAUCGCUGCAUUGUCUAAUGAUCGUGGUGUCUCGGACUCCAUGUUGGGCCGUCCAGAGAAUAACCCGGAGUCUGCGGAUGCAAUUUCCAGCGCUACUCCUCAAAGUGGACCGAGGGCCUUCUCUACAUCGUAUGGCCAGACUGUAACGCCCAAUAUAUCUGCAGGGCCCAAGCCGUCAUUCAACACUCGGGGCUCCAUGGUAUCUCUACUUUCUGCCCCGACUCGCCCUCGCGGAAAUGUGAAUCCGAAGGAUUUUGCUCGUUCUACUCGUCGUGGACACGUGUCAAUCUCGCAAGCAACUCCUCCCACAGGGCUGCGCCAUGGUCACAUCCCGACUGGACCCAGUGUUGACUCUGAUCGGCAGCAUAUCUAUCGGCAAAACAGCUUAUCUGGGACGUCUUAUCCUCGCCAAAGGCCCACCAAUUACCUUGCCGGCCUCAGUACAAUUGUUCCAGGAGGCAGACUUCUGGCGUACGACAUAGAUACUACUGUGGAAAAGCGGCUUGCCCAGUUAGAGAUGGACAAAGAGCGGUUAUUUGAACAAAUUGCAGAUAGCCAAAGGCUGAAGCACCUUGUCAUUAGAGACUGGGAGAGGCUAGAUAGAGAGAGCUCUAUCUGUGCAUUGAAGAAUUUAUUCUGGACUUUCACCGACUCCUUAUACAACACCACCUUUAAAGUCCUGUUCAUCUGCUCGUCGGCUUACAUUAUCUACCUAAUGCUCAACGAUUACAAACCUACCCGGGAUCCCAAUUUGGACACAUUUAAAGUCCAAUACCUUCUAGGGAUCAGUGCUGUCUUGGCCGUCCUAUUCCCACAUGAUUACAGCAUUUCGGAGAUACUCUGGACCUUUUCCAUAUGGCUUGAAUCCGUCGCUAUCCUUCCACAGCUUUUUAUGCUCCAGCGCACCGGAGAAGCAGAUACCAUCACCACACAUUACCUCUUUGCCCUGGGACUCUACCGCGCUCUCUAUAUACCUAAUUGGAUUUACCGUUACUUCGCAGAGAACCGCUUCCAGCCGAUACCCGUCGUGGCAGGUGUAGUCCAAACACUCCUGUAUUCGGACUUUUUCUACAUCUAUUACACGAAGGUAAUGAAAGGGAAAAAAUUCUCCCUCCCGGUCUAA